AGGUCAGGUUAGGUCGCUCUGCCGCCGCCGCUCGACGUGUUUGGGUUCGGCGUUCUCGAUUCUCGAUUUGUUUCUCUCACGUACUCGGCAUUCAACACGCACGCAAGGGAUGCCGGCCGUCUCGCAGCUGCACAAGUGGGCCCUCGGGCUCGGCGCGGUGAGCGGCGCGCUGCUGUAUUAUUACAACGCGCAGUCCGACCACGCGAGCUCGCUGCACGUCCACAACUCGUGGACGACGAAUUACACCCCCUCGGUGAAGUGGGACCACAACUGGGACAGACGAGAUCCGAAGAGCCUGGUGAAGCCGAUGAAGAUAACCGAUGAGAACGACGAGAACAAGUACAACGAGAAGUUUGAGACGAAGAGGUCGAAGGCCGUGCGACACGUGCUCUUGAUUCGCCACGGACAGUAUUACAUGGACGGGAAGACGGACGUCGAGAGAGUGCUGACCGAACUUGGCAGAAAGCAGGCCGAGGCGACGGGAAAGAGGCUGGCGGAAUUGAACUUGCCUUACUCGGUGAUAGUGAGAUCCACCAUGACGCGCGCUCUGGAAACUUCGCUAAUUAUAGAAAAGAGUCUUGCAAAUGUGCCAGUUGAGAAUGAUAGUCUGUUGGUCGAAGGUGCACCUAUACCCCCGGAGCCGCCUAUCGGACACUGGAAGUCGGAGAAACAUUUCUUCCAAGAUGGACCCAGGAUAGAAGCGGCGUUUAGAAAGUACUUUCACCGCGCCGAUUCUAGCCAGACUGAAGAUUCUUACACCGUUCUCGUAUGCCACGCGAACGUCAUCAGAUAUUUCGUUUGUCGGGCGUUACAAUUCCCGCCGGAAGCAUGGCUGCGGAUAUGCUUGAAACACGGAAGCAUCACCUGGCUCUGUAUUCAUCCAAGCGGUAGAGUCGCCAUCUUUUGUCUAGGAGACACUGGACAUAUGCCACCGCAGAGUAUAACGUCUAGCUAAAAAUGUGUGGCCCACGUGACGCGACUACGUGCAUUUAAACGACGCAUCUUCGAUAAGCGUAUACCAACGUAUACAUCGAGACUGCUCUCCGCAAGAACGAGGUGUGCGAGAGAGAUCUCGCGUCAUUGUAGCGGGAAUAAUUCACUUCUCACACGGCUUACGCUCGCUGGGUGGAACUGCGUGCAAUUGUACGAACGUGCGGGCGAGCCGCCGACCUCCGUAAAAGUAUUUCGACGCAACGUGCACGCGAGGUAACGAAUACGCAAAGGCUAAACUACAUUUAAGGAAGUUGUUUAUCUCGUGCAUCUGAGCGUACAUAUUUUCCCCCUUAGCUCAGUUGUGCAACCGAGCUACCUAAAUUAUAAGAAAGUCGUUUGAGCAUUUGGAUUGUGUACGCAUAUUUUUUUAAAUAUAGUUUUUUAAUGUCAC